CUCUCUUCGUACCAGCAGUAUUGUUUCAUCGGUAUCGAGAAGCGAAACUAUGCCUGAACCAGCGAAGUCUGCGCCCAAGAAGGGCUCUAAGAAAGCCGUGACUAAGACCGCCGGCAAGGGAGGGAAGAAGAAGAGAAAGACCAGGAAGGAGAGUUACGCCAUCUACGUUUACAAGGUGCUGAAGCAGGUCCAUCCUGACACCGGGAUCUCCUCCAAGGCCAUGAGCAUCAUGAACUCCUUCGUAAACGACAUCUUUGAGCGUAUCGCGGCUGAGGCGUCCCGCCUGGCUCACUACAACAAGCGCUCCACCAUCACUUCGAGGGAGAUUCAAACGGCUGUGCGUCUGCUGCUGCCAGGUGAGCUGGCGAAGCACGCUGUGUCCGAAGGUACCAAGGCCGUGACCAAGUACACCAGCUCCAAGUAAAGCGUCCUGCUGCUCCACCAACCCAACGGCUCUUCUAAGAGCCAC